GGACGAAGGAGCGAGCACUUCCGUCCUGCAGCCGAAACAAGGCGAAUUGCGAUUGGUGGAACCUGCCGUAUAAAAUAACGUCACUUCCUGUGCUCGGCCUCUUUUUCGUUCCCGUGUGGUACCGAUCUCCAUACGGCGUUGUCUCGUGCUCUCCCGCUUUACUCGUUGCGCAGGGAAAGUGGUCGCGAUGUCCGGAGGUCUCGAUGUACUGCAGAUGAGGGAGGAGGAUGUGCUGAAGUUCCUGGCAGCAGGAACCCAUCUUGGAGGGACCAACUUGGACUUCCAGGUGGAGCAAUAUGUCUACAAAAGGAAAAGUGAUGGCGUGUACAUUAUCAAUCUGAAGAAGACCUGGGAGAAGCUGCUGCUGGCUGCGCGUGCCAUCGUUGCCAUCGAGAACCCGGCUGAUGUGUGCGUCAUCUCCUCCAGGAACACUGGACAGAGAGCUGUGCUGAAGUUCGCCUCUGCCACCGGCGCUACCACCUUUGCCGGCCGCUUCACCCCUGGCACCUUCACCAAUCAGAUCCAGGCUGCCUUCAGGGAGCCCCGCCUCCUGGUUGUCACCGACCCCCGGGCUGACCACCAGCCCUUGACGGAGGCGUCCUACGUCAACAUCCCCACCAUCGCCCUGUGCAACACGGACUCUCCUCUGAGAUACGUGGACAUUGCUAUCCCUUGCAACAACAAGGGGCAUCACUCUGUGGGUCUCAUGUGGUGGAUGCUGGCUCGGGAGGUGCUGAGGAUGAGGGGUACCAUCUCCAGGGAACACCCAUGGGAGGUCAUGCCGGAUCUGUACUUCUACAGAGACCCCGAGGAGAUUGAGAAGGAAGAGCAGGCCGCAGCCGAGAAGGCGGUGGGUAAGGAGGAGUUCCAGGGAGAGUGGACCGCCCCCGUGGCAGAUUUCGCUCAGCCCGAGGUUGCUGAUUGGUCUGAGGGGGUGCCAGUCCCCUCUGUCCCCAUCCAGCAGUUCCCUGCAGCUGCCCCUGCUAAGGCCAACCCAGCGACCACUGAAGUUUUCCCAGCCGAGGAUUGGAGUGCCCAGCCUUCCACUGAGGAUUGGUCAGCUGCUCCCACUGCUCAGGCUUCUGAUUGGGGCGGCACUACUGCUGAUUGGUCCUAAGUGAUGCCUCUCGAAUCCAGGAUUAAACUUUGAAAAGUCAAUAAAUUUGACUCUUUUGUUUAA